AUGGCACUUGUGAUAGACUUGAAUACGCAGCCAUCGCCAGAAGAAUUCCACUCAUUUUAUACCGAUAUUGAUAUGGAUGAUAUAAAUAUUUGUAAUAGUUCAAGCAAUUUUGCUACAGAGACUGAAUGCACGACUGACGUCAUAAAUCAUCACACCAUUUCUGAUGUGGAGAUUCCAAAAGUGGAGAUGCUAUUUGAAACCCUCGAAGAAGCACGCCAAUUUUACAACUAUGCCAAUAAAGUGGCGCUUGCUGAUGAAGUUGGUGGUCGUUCUAAUCUGAAAUUUCUUGAGAAGGAUGUUAGAAAUUAUAUAUCUGGUAAACUUCGAAUCAAUGGAGAUGAUACUGAUGCGCAAGAGAUGCUGGACUAUUUUACCAAAAUGAAAGAGCAGAACCCGAAUUUCUUUUACGACAUUUGUGUCUAUAGUGACAAUAGUCUCAAGCAUGCAUUUUGGGCGGAUGCUCGAUCAAGAAUUGCUUACGAGUAUUUUGGUGACGUGGUGUCAUUUGACACCACAUACAAGCUCAACAAGUAUAAGAUGUCAGUUGUAGCAUUUGUGGGUGUCAAUCACCACGGAAGGUCAUGUCUUUUCGGGUGUGCUUUAUUGGAAAAUGAAGAGACUGAGUCCUUUGAAUGA